CCGGGGCUCGGCCCCACUCCGUCCCGCGGCGCAGAGAGCCGGGCCGGUGCCAGGGCUGCUGCCCGGGCCGGGGCCGCCGGCCCGCCGCCAUGGCUCGCUUCUCGGCCUUCCUUAACCCUGUCCUGGUGCUCUUCAGCUGCGACCUCUGCCUCGUGCGAGCCAACAGGCCACCGUCCCCUGUCAACGUGACUGUGACACAGCUGAAGGCAAACUCUGCUACAGUCUCUUGGGACGUCCCAGAAGGAGAUGUGGUCAUUGGCUAUGCCAUCUUACAGCAGCGGCAAGACGGACAGAUGCAGCGCUUCAUCCGGGAGGUGAACACCACCAACCGGGCCUGCGUGCUGUGGGACUUGGCGGAGGAUGCCGACUACAUCAUCCAGGUGCAGAGCAUCGGCCUCUACGGAGAAAGCCAGGCCAGCAAGCGCGUCCACUUCCGCACCCUGAAGGAGACCGACCGCCUCCCUUCCAACAGCUCCAACCAAGGUGAUAUCACCAUGGAAGGGCUGGACAAAGACAGGCAGCUGCAGACGGGGGAGAUUAUCAUCAUUGUGGCUGUGCUGCUCAUGUGGGCAGCGGUGAUCGCCCUCUUCUGCAGACAGUAUGACAUCAUCAAGGAUAAUGACUCCAAUAACAACAAGGAGAAGACAAAGCCGUCCUCAGAGCACAGCACGCCAGAGCGACCUAGUGGAGGGCUGCUGCGGAGCAAGAAGAAGUCUCCCUCAGUCAAUAUAAUCGAGGUGUAAGCUCUGCACCCACGGUCCUGGGCAUCCUGCCAGAGCCACAGCAGGCCUUGGAAGAGGAGGCAGCAGGCCCCGGCUGGACCCCUGCAUGCGAAGAUCCGAAGAUCCGCGUAUCCGCACUCGCGCUUCCCGAGGGCUGCGCAUGGAGCUGGCGCCCAGCCCUGCCCGCGGCCCUGCCCGCGGCCCUGCCCGCGGCCCUGCCCGUCUCCACGCCUGGCCCCGCUCCCUUGCCACUGCGGAGCAGGGCGGGGGGCACACCGCCAGCCCGGGGAUGAUUCCCAGGGCACAGAUGGGCUGGCUGGAGGGCAGGCAGUGUCCCUGUGCACCAGCUUGGCCAAAGGCCUGAGUGCAACCGCCUGGCACCGGCUGCCUGCCCAGCAACUGCCCUGCAGCAGCUCUUGCUCUUGGCCCCAGUGUCUGCCUACAGAGCAGGAGCUGCUCCCCUUCUGGCCCCACGGCUGAGAUGAUGGGGCAAGGGUAGACACUGGCCGUGGUGCUGCCAGGGAUAUCAUGGCCAGGUGGUAGGAGGGUUUGUGGGCUUGGGCCCAGAAUGGAUCCCUGCUGAGAACAGGGCUCCACUGCGCUCCAUCAUUGCCAUGCAGGGACUUGAAGGCCUCUCCUAGCUGCAGGGGAUAAAGACAUGAAUAAGCAUGAGGAGCUGAGGAGCUGGCACUGCCACCGUGCCUGGCCAGCAUUGGAGCCUGUGGGCAGGGCAGGGAUUGCCAGCAGGAGCCAUCCCAUGGGGUGGAGUGAGCCCCACAGGGCUGUGGAGGCCAGCAGUGGCUGAGCAUGGCUGUGGCUUUGCCACUUCCCUGAUGUGGCUCAGUCCUGGCACAUUAUGGGUUGCUGAGCACUGCCUGGACUAGAGUGCAGGGUGAGGCCCAGCAAGGUCCUGCUGGGCUCAGCAGGAUGUGUGCUGCAGAGCUCAUCACCACUCUGGGGACAACCUCAGCUUCUGACAGUGUCACAUCCUGCUGCUGGCGCCUUCUGCAUGGCCACUGUGGAUGUGCCCUCUCUCCUGGUGCUGGCCCUAGGUUGGCUGAUGUGACACAGAGCUGCUGGCAAAUGCUGGCUCUGAGUGUUCAGAGCUGGUGGAUCACUCACUCUUAUGUGUCCACUUUACCUGCUCACAUGAGGAAAAUGUGAGCCUUCGACUGCCCUGGGGCCAGUGACUGUCUGGUGGUGAUGUCUGGAUGGUGCUUGUUUGCUCCCCAGAGCCUGCAGGCAGCAGUCCCUGACCAAGUACCUGCUCUGUGCCCGAGGCUGAGGCCAGGCCCAGGCAUCCCUCUUGCAGUGGUGAGGGAAGAGGGUGAUGUGAGAAGGCUUUUUGCUGCAGAUAGCAGCUGCUGCCCUGGCUGCUGCUCUCCCUCUGUACUCUGCUCUGUGGCCUGUCACCAAGCUGGGUGCUGACUCUGCAGCCCUGGACUCUAGCAUCACAGGAUCCAGUGUCUUCCAGGAAUAAACCUCCCAGUAAAGCACUUUCAGGACUCUUCCUUCCAGGUGCUGCUCAGCUCUUGCUGCAGGAUGAGGUGAGGAUGGGACAGGAUAAAAGACUCCCUGUGGCAAGGUCUUUUCAAUAAAAGCAUCCUGGCUCA